GUGGGCCCCUGGAGCCGUCAUGGUGGGAAGACGGCUGGUCUUCCUGCUGGCCGUGACACCACUGGCGCGGGCAGCCUCCGCGAAGGCCGCGGAUGAACCAUCCACAGCCGAGGCCAGCAUUAGUGCCGGCGAACCAGAAAUAAAUCCGAAGGAAAUUACGAAGGCUGUGCAGCUUUUAGAUCGGGUCUUCAAGCGAGAGCAUGGCAAGAUUGGCCAAUGUGGCGUCGUGUCGGAACUGAAUGACCAUGUGACCUGGGAAAACACGACCAGUUUGCUGCCGCAAGCGCAUCAAUGUCACCAGCGAUUGUCCACGAACUGCACGUUGAGCUUUCGACAAAUGCAGUGUCCAGAAGAAUGUCCAUUUUUGGCUCCUGACCUGCAUUUCCCCUGCAUGUUCAGCUGCCGUUCACCUCAGCGGUGCUCUGGGAGCAACGUUGACACACCUUUUCCAGACAAAGAGUACAACCUUUGCUCCUCCUGUUCCGUCGUAGGCUGCAAGUAUUGCAUCCGAUCCGACUUCUGCGCUAAGUGCCACGAUGGCUUCAGUGAAAAGGAUGGGUCAUGCAUUUUCACGCUGACAUCGGGAGGAUGGGCGGCAAUUGUGAUGUAUGUGCUCAUUGGUCUGAUCGUGCUGUUGGUCAUCACGGCCAUUGUCUACUGUUUGGCUGGGUCAAA